AACACACACACACUCACACACACUGAGAGUGAUCGGAGGGUUGGUGGGACGACGUCAGCAGAAGUCUGUUGUUCUUUCAGCAGCAGGAUGCAGGUUGAGACGGUCCCGAGGGUUCUGCUGGUCCUGGUUCUGGUCCUGGUCUCUGUGCAGCGUUCAGAAUGUGUGCGUUGUUUUGCACGUUUCAACCUGAUCCGGGGUCAGUGUGAUGAAGAGCUCGGUGAGGUGGAUGAAGACGACUGCUGCCAGAACCCUCAGUACGGUUACCAGGCAACAGACGGAGUGUGUCGGUCAUGUGGUCCUCCAGUCUGGUCUCCGUGGUCUCCGUGGUCACGAUGUAACGUCCUGUGUGGGGACGGAGUGACGCAGAGAAGUAGGACGUGUUUCGGCAUCGGCGAAUCAGAAUGUGAGAACUCUGCGAACAAACUGGAGACAAAACCCUGCAACGGCACCUGCUGCGACGGUGAGGGGUGGGGCUUGUGGCUCACCUGGUCGUCCUGCUCGGUGACCUGUGGAGAAGGCGGAGUCAGGAGGAGACAGAGAGUCUGCUCCGAUCGUCCUGAGUGUCGCUUGGCCUGCAGCGGUCCUUCAGAGGAGACAGAGACGUGUCCAACACACAACACCUGUCCAGUUCAUGGCGGUUGGUCCCGUUGGUCCGGUUGGUCUGAGUGUUCUGGUUCGUGUAUCAACGUCCAGAGUGGUGAUGUCAUCGUCCCCUCCAGAGUGAGGUAUCGUUCUUGCUCUAGCCCCGCCCCUUCCAAUGACACGGUGCCACCUGGCAACGGUUGCCCUGGAGACGAACAUCAGACACAGGACUGCAGCGAGCUCCCCAACUGUCCAGUGCACGGCGGAUGGGGGGCGUGGUCUCAGCCCGGGCCAUGCUUCGCCUCCUGUGGGGAGGGGCUUCAGCUGUCAACCAGGACCUGUGAUCGUCCCGCCCCUAAAUAUGGCGGUCGAUUCUGUGACGGACCAAGCGCUCGGAGCAGCGUCUGUCAGAGUCCCUGUCCUGUCAACGGGCUCUGGUCCGGUUGGUCCAGUUGGGGUGAGUGUCCUACUUCCUGUAUCCCACAAGGCCGAGGCCCCAUCAGGACUCGCCACCGCUCCUGUUCUAACCCCGCCCCUUCAUCCAGCCCGCCCGGCAACGGUUGCCAUGGAGACGACAGCGAGACAGACAACUGCAACCACCUGCCUCACUGCCCAGUGGACGGAGGUUGGGGGUCUUGGUCUCCCUUCUCUUCCUGUCCUGUUACCUGUGGGGUGGGGCUUCAGGUGUCACUCAGGAGAUGUGACAGCCCCGCCCCCAAACACGGCGGCCGGCCAUGUCCAGGAGAGGAACGUCGAGCCAGCGUCUGUAAGACCAACGUCCAUUGUCCAGUGGACGGGUCGUGGUCGGAGUGGUCGCCAUGGAAACCAUGUAAAUACCCGUUCGGUGGGCGGGAGAUCCGCUGCAAGCAGCUGGGAGGCAGUCAGACUCGAGAGCGCGAGUGUCUUUAUCGAGCUCACAACGGGUCCAUCUGCAGCGGGGACACCCUGACGGAGAGACGGGUCUGCUAUGAUGUCAGCAGCUGUUACAUGAAGGGCAGCUGGGAUGGAUGGGAGUCGUGGAGUUUGUGUAAUCCGUCCUGUGGAGGGAAACCCAGACGCUUCAGGAAGAGACGCUGUAAACCUGAUUACAGCGACUACAAUCCUACCAUUGGUCGUAUGAAGGAGCCAGCGAUGUUCUUUGGGAAUCCAAAUGCCGACUGCGGCGCGGCGCCCGACGGCGGGCAGAAGAUUGAGAUUCAGCCCUGUGUCAACGUUCCCGCCUGCACCUGAAAACCUGCUCAAUAAUGACUUUACAUAUCCCUCACCGAUGAGUUUAACAACACCAACAUAUCCCUCACCGAUGAGUUUAACAACACCAACAUAUCCCGCUCACCGAUGAGUUUAACAACACCAACAUAUCCCUCACCGAUGACUUUAACAACACCAACAUAUCCCGCUCACCGAUGAGUUUAACAACACCAACAUAUCCCUCACCGAUGACUUUAACAACACCAACAUAUCCCGCUCACCGAUGAGUUUAACAACACCAACAUAUCCCUCACCGAUGAGUUUAACAACACCAACAUAUCCCUCACCGAUGAGUUUAACAACACCAACAUAUCCCUCACCGAUGACUUUAACAACACCAACAUAUCCCUCACCGAUGAGUUUAACAACACCAACAUAUCCCGCUCACCGAUGAGUUUAACAACACCAACAUAUCCCUCACCGAUGAGUUUAACAACACCAACAUAUCCCUCACCGAUGACUUUAACAACACCAACAUAUCCCUCACCGAUGACUUUAACAACACCAACAUAUCCCGCUCACCGAUGAGUUUAACAACACCAACAUAUCCCUCACCGAUGUGUUUAACAACACCAACAUAUCCCUCACCGAUGAGUUUAACAACACCAACAUAUCCCUCACCGAUGACUUUAACAACACCAACAUAUCCCGCUCACCGAUGAGUUUAACAACACCAACAUAUCCCGCUCACCGAUGACUUUAACAACACCAACAUAUCCCUCACCGAUGAUUUUAACAACACCAACAUAUCCCUCACCGAUGACUUUAACAACACCAACAUAUCCCUCACCGAUGACUUUAACAACACCAACAUAUCCCUCACCAAUGAGUUUAACAACACCAACAUAUCCCUCACCGAUGACUUUAACAACACCAACAUAUCCCUCACC